GGCAGUGGUCGAGGUCCCGCUGGCAGUGAUGUCAGCCCAGCCAGUGGUGGUGGAGAUCCAGCUAGCUGAGGUGGAGGCCCAGGCAGCAGAGGUGGAGGCUCAGGCAGCAGAGGUGGAGGUCCAGGCAGCAGAGGUGGAGGCCCAGGCAACAGAGGUGGAGAUCCAGCUAGCUGAGGUGGAGGCCCAGGCAGCAGAGGUGGAGGUCCAGCUAGCUGAGGUGGAGGCCCGGGCAGAAGAGGUGGAGGUCCAGCUAGCUGAGGUGGAGGUCCAGCUAGCAGAGGUGGAAGCCCAGGCAGCAGAGGUGGAAGUCCAGCUAGCUGAUGUGGAGGCCCAGGCAGCAGAGGUGGAGGUCCAGGCAGCAAAGGUGGAGGCCCAGGCAGCAAAGGUGGAGGCCCAGGCAGUAGAGGUGGAGGCCCAGGCAGCAGAGGUGGAGGUCCAGCUAGCAGAGAUAGAAGCCCAGCUGGCAGUGGUGUUAGCCCAGCUAGCAAAGGUGGAGGCCCAGCUGGCAGAGAUGUUAGCCCAGCCAGCAGAGGUGGAGGCCCAGCCAGCAGAGAUGUUAGCCCAGCUAGCAGAGGUGGAGGCCCAGCCAGCAGAGGUGUUAGCCCAGCUAGCAGAGGUGGAGGCCCAGCCAGCAGAGGUGGUAGCCCAGCUAGCAGAGGUGGAGGCCCAGCCAGCAGAGGUGUUAGCCCAGCUAGCAGAGGUGGAGGCCCAGCCAGCAGAGGUGGUAGCCCAGCUAGCAGAGGUGAAGGCCCAGCUAGCAGAGGUGGAGGUCCAGCUAGCAGAGGUGGAGGCCAAGCUGGCAGUAGUGUUAGCCCAGCUAGUAGAAGUGGAGGCCUAGCUGGGUAAACACACAGGACCUGCCAAACUGUGUGUCUGCACCUUGGCAGCCCUCUUGGCUGAUGUCUGUUCUUCAUGCUUAUAUAACGUAACUCAGUGUUGUGAUGUCAGGAGUAAUAUUUAUUUUAUUGACAUGUUAGGUUUGUUUCCAGUGAGAUAUUAUUGAGUUUAUAUUAGGGCUGGGCAGUAUGACCUAAAAUUUAUAUCACGGUAUAAAUCGAAUCCCUUCAUGGUAACGGUAUAUAUCGCGGUAUAAAUUUAAGU